AUGAUGUGGAGCAACAAGUCAAAUGAGGUGCCUUUACAAAAUCCGAGGCAUAACCAAACCAAGGAUUCCAGCAGAGAUCUAACUGCAGCAUGGGCUACUUUUUCUCAGACUAAGGCUGCUCUACGUCAUAUAGAGAACAAGCUGGAAAUUGUUCCCACCAGCACAGCUGUAUUUGAUUCCAUAAUGGAUGCCAAGAAGCCCUGUGCUAGCACUAGCAGGAAAAUAGGCCGUAAGGCUUCCCGCUCCUCCGGCCAAAAUAAGUCAAGCAAGGAGAAGUCCUCACGCAGCCCUCUUCGAGCAACCACUCUUGAAAGCAACGUAAAGAAAAGCAACCGUGUGGAAUUUCGUGAGCCACUGGCUUCGUACAGGGAUACGUUUGGUCCCGCAUCUUAUCAAAGUUCCAGCCACAUAGAGGCCAAGCGACUUUUGUCUAGUUUGGACUUCAGUGAAGCUGAAGGAAAGGCUGAACUAGCAAGUCGUAUGAUAUAUGACAGAGAUGAACGGGAUCUACACAGCAGAGAUUUUGAAAGCCCGGGUUCGUCUGCUGCGGAUGAGACUGUUGUUAGGUAUUUGAAUGACCGACCAGCAAUUGAUGCCUUGCAGAAUAAUGAGGUAUUUUUUAAAGUUGCGACACCUCCCAGAUUGGAAGAAGAAAAAAAUAGUGGUUCCAGAGAUGAGAGUAGCGCUAAAACCCCUGUGAGAAAUGCAUCCCAGGACACUGAACUGAAGGGGUUUCAACUGGCAGCAUCUUCCCCUUCUGCCACCAGCACCUCUAGUGCUCACAGACUGGAAAUUUUGAAACGACGGCAGCAUGAUGCGAAAUUGGAGAAGCUGAAGGAGCGAAUUCGAAAGCAGUGGGAGCAAUCUGAAGAGCUGGGUGGCAGAGGGCAGCAUUUGGGAUACGCUGAGCAACCCGUUGUCAUCACAAAUACAGAGAAUGCAGUGACUCCCAAGGUCAGAAAAGUGGCAGCUGCACCUGCUGCUCCAGCAUACAAAGGUUUCAAUAAAAAUGCUGAAACGAAGGUUCGCACUCCAGAUGGAAAGGUCUGGCAUGAAGAAGAAUUUCGCAUUAGCCAGGAGCUGUAUAGAGAUGUAGCACUACAGUUAGCAGAGGAUUCAACAGUGAAAGAAAAACCUAGUGAGAGAAACAGAGAGAAAAAAGCGACCAGACCAGUACGGAAAGUUCAAAAGCUGACACGAUUGCCAAGUCCAGAAUCCAGACAAGGUGGUAACUAUGUAAUAAGUGCAUCUUCCUGGCGGGAAGGACAAAAGCUGGUAAAAAAGAUACUGGGUCCAGCCCCUCGAAUAGAACAGGACAGAAGAGCUAUAUCUAGUGACAGAGCGGGACGAGAGAGAGCUACAAAGUCUGGCCGUAUUGGAAGGACAGGUUCAGACUCUAGGCUGGAUGUUACCCAUAAAACCUCUUCCAGAAGUUCUGAAAGGUCGAGGAGUAAAGUGCGGUCUGAGACUAGUCUGAAGAAACGGGAAUCCACUCGUCUGGAUGGUAACCGAGGGGAUCACACUUCCUUAAAUAAGGACUUUCUGCCAGUGGAGAUCCGUGGAAUUCUUGAUGACCUCCAGUUGGAUUCCAUGAGUACAAAGCAAGAGAAGGAUGUGGAAAAGCAGAAUCAGAAAUGUGUUUUGCCUGCACAAAAUGCCAGGAGCCACAGUCCAACCAAACGGAAACCGGACAAACUAGCUCCCAGUGAGGAGCCGCAGGUGAUCUCCAAGAAACGUCACUACGACACGGAUGAGGUUCGUCAGUACAUCAUUAGGCAGCAAGAGGAGAGGAAGAAGAAGCAGAAUGAAGAGAAGAAAGCACAAAAAGAGGCAACAGAACAGAAAAACAAAAGACUCCAAGAGCUCUACAGAAAGCAGAAGGAGGCUUUUACUAAAGUAAAGAAUGUGCCACCUCGUGAGCCUUCUGCAGCCAAACGGUUACAGGAGACUUAUUCUAAGCUGCUGCUGGAGCGGACGUUUUUGGAACAGCCAGCUCAGGUGCUCACAGUGCAGGAAAUGCAGCCCCGACCUGGUUAUCAACCCUCUGGGGAAUCCGACAAAGAAAACAAGGCUCAGGAGCGUCCUCCCAGUGCGUCCUCAAGUAGUGACAUGUCACUGUCAGAGCCUCAGCAGCCGCUACUGAGAAGUGAUUUGAUGGAGCCUGCAUGGGUGCAGCCUGACAGGUUGAGCCCAAGAGCCCAGCUCUCUCGCUCUCAAGCUCAUGCGGGUUCGAACGGAGGCCCUUGCUUUCAAAACUGGAGUCUGGAGCAAAUGGGCCUUUUGUCGAAGGAGUGUGACACCGUGUUGGCAGGCAGGAGGAACCACGCCGCAGCUGUGGGAUCACUCACUUUGCCAUCACAGCCGUACCUGAAUUCAUCUGUUGCACAGCAAAAUCUCUCAGUAAAAUCUACUGCUAACCAAUAUAAGAGCAAAUUAGAUCGCAUUGAAGCUCUGAAAGCUACAGCUGCUUCCCUUUCUAGCAGGAUUGAAAGUGAAGCCAAAAAGUUGGCUGGAGCUGGCAUCAAUUAUGGCACCAUGUGGAGCUUGGACCAUGAAUUCCUACAAGAAAACCAGGAUGAUGGGCGCUGGGCAAAGGCUGUGAGUCCUCCUGUGAGAGAGGAAAAUGAAGAUGCUUUUUCAGCCAGAAUUCAAAAAAUGCUGGGUACCUGUGUAUCUCAUACAGCCUUUGAUGAUAACCUACCUGGGGUAGGCAACCUUAGUGAAUUUAAAAAGCUUCCUGAGAUUAUCAGGCCUCAUACUGCUGCAGUCAGCCUUGGGAUGAGAUCCCCUGCUGCUAAUAGACACGAAGGAAUACUGGGACAUUUAUCCAAGAGACAAACUGACUCCCCAGGGCACGAAAGCCAAGGUUAUGGUCAGAACAAAGCAGUAAUUCCUUACGAGUCCAGCAUAGACUCCAUCAGUGAAGGGCCACUAUUGAGUGAGGAAAGCCUCUCAGAAGAGGAGGGAGGCCAACACAAGCAAUCACCCCUGGAGAUGCUGGAUGUGUUAAAGGAGGAGGACUUCUGUGUUCGAGAGAGAAAUGCUUUUGAGCCCAUUAAAGAGUUUCAGAAAGAAGCAGAAAAAUAUUCACCACUUUUCACUCAGACAAGUGGCUUGCACAGCAAGGGACCGUGGGAGGAGCUGGCGAAGGGAAGUCCACACAGUGUCAUCAACAUUUUUGCAAAAAGUUAUCAGCUUCAUGGGAAAGUGUUUGAUGAAAGGCCGAGUGGAGCGGCUGCCCUGCUGCGGCCUUUGCUCCCUGCUGCCAGCCCUCCAGAGAGCAUCGUUUCUUACGAAGAUGACUUUGCCUCGUCGCAGGGAAGCAGCACUUUGACAGACAAAAAGAUUGCACGUGACCUCAGCAUUGCUGGCAGCAGCAAUUCGAGCAUUCAGGAAGAACUUUCCAGUAGGAAGUCUCCCCAUAAGCCUCGCUCUGUAGAACUUGCAUCCCAACAUUCAUCGGGACCGCGGUCUGCAGCAUCUUCUCGCUCAUCUGCCUCCUCUAAAAGGAGAGGGAAAAAGAAACGACUGGAAUCUUGCAAUGGAAAUUCUCACCACUUUCCAGUGGAAGGAGAGAAAAUGCCGUCUGACCUGGAGCGGGGAUCCCACCAGGCCAAGAAGUCCUUGUCUAGUAAUAGAAUUUCUAAUAAGGAUCUUGAGCAGACCCCAGAUACUGACAGCACACUAGAAAACUUGUCUGCACACUCCCUGAUGAGCUUCUCGGACAAGGGAAGAUCCCAAAAGACACCAACCUCUUCCCCAUCUCCAGGCUCCCAAAAAUUGCUGCGGUUUGAUUCUGUAGGCAAAACAGGAGAAAGAGCCAAGUCACCUGCUGGCUUCUCUGCAAGUCCAGCGCCAGGGCUGAAACCUCACGUAGCCUUCUCUGAGCCCAGUCUGGGAAUGAGCAGGCCCAGAGCAGGAGCAGCCUCGGCAAGCGGGUGUAUGCGCUUCUCCCCCGCCGGGCUUCAGCAUCGUUUUUCAGCAGAAUUGAACUACCUUAGUGCUAUUGAGGAGUCUGUGCGGCAGCUUUCCGACGUGGAACGAGUACGAGGCAUAUCGCUUGCCCAGCAGGAGAGUGUGUCUUUGGCUCAGAUUCUAAAGGCAAAGCAGCAGCGCCAUGAACGGGACUUGGCUCUUUUGAAAAUGAAGGCAGAACAAGAAGCUUUAGAAAGUCAGAGGCAGCUGGAAGAGGUAAGGCAGAAGGCAGCUCAGGUCCAUGCAGAGUCACUACAACAACUGGUUCAAGCACGGCAGGAGGCUGUAGAAGUGAUGCAAGAAAACACAUGCAAGAUUGUAGCCAAGCAGGUAGAAGCUGCACUUCUUACUACAGAUGCAGCUCGCCAAAUCCGUGAGAUGACAGAGUUAGCCCAAAUCUCAGACACUGUGAAUGCUCCAGCCGCUCCAAUGACAACUUUGUUUGACCACCAGCGGCAGCAUCAUAUGGAGUUCAUAAAACAACUGAGAGCACGAGCUGAUGCAAACAGGAAAUCUAUGUCUGGUGCCAUUUCACAGAGUAAAGAGGAGAAGGGUGACUCAAAACAAACAUACUCACCAGUGUUUGAUAGUUACUCAGAAUCCUCAAGAUCAAAGAUUCAUGAUCAGAGUAGUACCAGCAGCCGUCAAGAGAGUCCUUCAGUUCCAUCUUCUAAGGAGAAUGAGAAAAAGCUUUCCCAGCGGGAGAAGACCAGUAGCUGUAUUGAAGAGCAGGCUUGUACUGCUGUGGAUGACUCCUUGCCGAGCGAUAGUGUUUUAUCGCUGCCAGAUGAAAAAGAUUCUGCUUCAAUUGCAACAGAGUAUUCUCUGAAAUUUGAUGAGUCUAUGACAGAGGAUGAAAUUGAGGAAAAGUCUUUUCGGUCUUUGCUACCCUCUGAGAGUCAUCGCAGAAUUAACCUGGAAAAGAAACGAGGUAGUCGUGAUUCUGAUGAGGAUGUCUGCCCAGGAAAAGAAGCUCUGUCAUCUAUCAAGGAGCUAAGCAUGCCAUUCUCCAGAGGGCAAGAUAGUUUUUCCAAGUUUACCAUGGAGAUGGUAAGGCAGUACAUGAAAGAGGAAGAAAUGCGAGCAGCUCAUCAUUCCUCACUGCUUCGGCUCAGGGAAAGGGCUUUGAAGGAGAAGACCAAGGCUGAACUAGCAUGGCUGGAGCACCAGAAGAAGCACUUGCGAGACAAGGGAGAGGAUGAUAAGAUGCCUCCUAUAACAAAGCUAAAGCGUAAUCUGCUGCUGAAAUUACAACAGGAGAAGGCAGAAAUUAAGCAUCUUCAGGAAGCCAACAAGGCUGCUCGGAAAGAGAGGCUACUGAUUCUUAAACAGCAGGCAGAAAUAGAAAAAAUCCAUCAAACUACAAUGAAACUGCAGGAAAAAUUAAAGUCUGCGGGAGAAAACAAACUGGAACUUCCCAGUGAAGAUGAGAUCAAACAGAGCAAUGCUUCUAGCCCUCUUCCAACAGAUGCAGAAACACGCACUCCUUCCCCAGUCUCAGUUUCCAGCAGUGAGACUAGUAGCAUCAUGGAGAAGCUUAAAAAAAUGCGCAGUAGAAUGGAUGAAAAACACUGCUCUCCUGUUCACUACUUCUUCUCUGUCUUUACGUCUCACCACUGGGCCUCUCUCAGUGUCUGUUUUCCCAACCUCCACCCCAAAUUCCAGCUGUAUAUCUACAACCAAUUGGUCAGGUUCCUAACUAAGCGAGAGCAGAAGCUGAUGCAGCGUCGACAACAUGCGGAGGAGCUGCUGGAGUGGAAACGCCGCCUGGAUGCAGAGGAGGCAGAAAUACGGCGCAUGGAAAAACAGGCUCUGGCUGCCUGGGACAAAGAGCUCAAGCCCAAAACAGCCAAGAAAGAACUGGGGGAUCAGAGAACAGAGCCCAAAGAAACAGCCAGUGAAGAGGAGUCUCCAGUGCCUUCUUGCUCUCACCUCAACAGUGAAAGCUCUGUCCCAGAAGAUCUUGGCAGUCCAGCUCCUGAGUCUGUCCCAUCAGAAACUAUGGGCCAUGGGCAGUCAGAGAGCCCAAAUCAUCAUACAAUUACAGAAGAAAUGGCUUAUCCUGAAGACAUCAAGUCCUCUACCUCACCUAGCAAACUUUCUCCUCCUAAAAGCAGUGUAUCUGUAUCAAAGCAAGAUUCCAGCAAAAGCAGCCACAGAGUUGGAGGGCAGCUACGUUCAGUUGUGAAGUCUCAUCAGAUAUCUAACAGCUGGUCUGAUGAAUCUUUAUCGAUGACACAGUCGGAAACCACAUCUGACCAGAGUGACAUUGAAGGCCGGAUCAUGGCCCUGAAGGAUGAACUUCGAAAAAGGAAAUCUGUCGUUUAUCAACUGAAAAAGGAACAGAAGAAAAGACAAAAGGAGAGACUGAAAGCCCAGGAGGCCAGUUUGAUCAAGCAGCUAGAGACAUAUGAUGAGUUCAUCAAGAAGACAGAAGCAGAGUUGAGCCAAGAUCUGGAGACAUCACCCACAGCCAAACCUCAGAUUAAAACUCUGUCUUCAGCUGUUGAAAAACCUAAGAUCAAGGCACCACCACUCCACAGGCCUGAGACAGCAAAGAAUUGGAAAUCACUGACAGAAACAGAGAGAUCCAGAGCAUCUCUAGAAUCCAUUGCGGAGCAUGGAGAUACUGUGUCAUCAAGAACCGAGAGAUCUGUGUCUGUGCACUCCAAGGUGAUCGCAGAUGUUCAUGCAGAAGAACCUUCUCAAACACCAUCCUUGAUUUUGAAGUCAACGAGGAGGUCCAGAGCAGAAUCCGGUGAUUCCUUAGAUAAUGUAUCCUCAUCGCCUCUUCUCAAAGAUAUAAAAGAUAUUAACAAGAUAUCCCAUGGGUCUGUGAACAAUACGGUAAAUACAUCUAGUGAUGAGACUGUCUUCAGUCAUAAAUCUGAGAUACAGGAAGACAUAGAGAACAUAAAAUCAGAAGAAUAUGAGCCUGAAGAGUUUCAUGAUAAGCCUUUGGAGAAUUCUGAUGUCUUGCUGAUGUUAGAUAAAGAGCAGGAGAGCUCACCAAACAUCCUUCCAAAGAAAGUCCUCUUUUCUGAAGAUGAGCAGUUUCAGAAGGAACUUUCUGGCUUGACUGAGGAAAGCCUUCAUGGUGCAGAAGAAAUCUUAGACCAGAAACUGUCAGACAAAGAUACCAAAAUUGGACAAAGUGUAGAAGAAUCUUCUCACAAACUUAGCAAAGCUGCUGAGGAAAAAGAUUAUUUGCUUUCAGAACAAGGCUUUACUCAAAAAGAGCAAUCAUACCUUGAAGACUUCGAGGUAUCCUUGUCCAUAAAAGAAGCAUCAGUUGAAGACACACUUUUGAAAAAUGACAAAGAUGACUCUGAAGCUUCUCUUCUCUCCCCAAAAGGGGACUCUCAGUCCCUGAGAGAGCAGUCACAGCAUGCACAAACUGACAGAAGCAGGUCCACCAGUCUGGGCAGUGAUGGUGAAAUCAGUGAGUGUCUCAGUGACAGAUCUCUCUCCCUCUCUGGCAGCAUGCGUUCAGAGAGAUUAUUGGAACUCAAGUCACCCACAGAAUUUCUAAAAAAUGAUGAACACGGAGAUGUGGAGAAAGAACAGGCCAAACAGGCCACUAUUGAAUCACCACCAUGGGCCUCUGCUUCAAUUCUAGAAGAAACAGAUAGUUUGCUAAAUUUCAAUAUUGGAGACAGGGUACUUGUGAGCAAAGUUCAACCUGGAACACUGCGUUUCAAAGGUCCGACCGAGUUUGCCAAAGGGUUUUGGGCUGGUGUGGAGUUGGAUAAACCAGAAGGAAACAAUAAUGGAACUUACGAUGGUAUAAAGUAUUUUGAUUGCAAAGAAAAGCAUGGUAUUUUUGCUCCUCCUCAAAAAAUCUCUCAUAUUCCAGAAAGUAUUGAUAGCCGUUUAGAAACAAAGAAGGAUGAAGACUCAUUUUUUGAUGAUAGGCUGGACAAGCAACACACAGCCAAGCAGAAAGGCAAAGGAAGCUCUAAUCUUGACAAAGAGGAAGAAAUGCAAAGAGAUACAAGAGAAAACUAUUCCCAGGAUAAAGGUCCUGCAGACACAACUGUUUUAGAAGCCUCAGUGGGGCAAAGGAUAGAUGGAGACUCUUUUUCCGAAGCAAGCAACAUAAAGGAGGUAUCUUUAGCUACCAAAUCGCUUGCCCAAGAGCAGUCUGUGGUGGAUUACCUCAAGCAUGCUGCCAAAGAAGAGGCAAGCCUUGCUCCUCCCAUUUCUGGUGUCAUGGAGAAGACUUCCACUGCUCAUUAUUUGGAAGACAUCUCUGAUUUUCUUUCUGAAAAACUGGAGAGGCAGAAGACAUUAGGGGAAGAAUGUGCUGAAAAGCUAGAUGAUCUCUCUCCUGAAAUUCUGGAGAAGCCUUCAACUCCACUUCUGGAUUUGCUGAAAAAGGAGAAGAACCAGUUAGAAGCCCAGCUUAGACAGCCGAUUAAAGAGGAAGAAAGGACAAAAAAGCAGCUUGAAAAGGUCAGUUUGCUGACAGACAGUCUCCUCAGAGAUUUUGUGAAAGACACAGUCAAUCAGCUACAGCAAAUAAAGAAGGCCAGGAAUGAGAAAAUCCAACUUAGCAACCAAGAGCUCUGUGACGUGAAGGAGGAACCCAGUACCCCAGCCCAGCAUGAGAGAGAGCUGAUUCCUGGUGGCCUGAAUAACUUUUUUCUAAGUUCUGAUUUGGAAGAUGAAAGAGAAGAACUUUCGUCCCCAGACAUGUGUCCCAGACCAGAGAGCCCAGUGUUUGGUGCCAGUGGUCAGGAAGAGCUAGCUAAGAAACUGGCAGAGCUGGAGCUCAAUCGGGAAUUCCUGAGCGUGCUGGGAGAAGAUCAAGACUGGUUUGAGGACUAUGGCUUGAAUUCCCACAAAGUCCAGCAGAAACAAGCUGAAGAACCAGCAGUGCUGGCCAAGGUAGAACCACAGAAAGUACCAACAAAGCCUUGCGAGGAGCCUUUGGCAGUCCCUUACACUGCAGUGGAAGUAGAAGGUAUGGUACAUGCAGCUGCUGAGGAGCUCUGGAAACUCAAAGAGUUGGGUCAUGAUAUUCAAAGCUUCAGCCGUCCUAUGAAUCUUAAUGAUACCACCAAAGAGCAGGACAUGGAGAUGGUAAACAAACAGGUGUAUAAAAAGGCUGUAUUUGACUUAACAAAAGAAAUCUUUGGAGAAAUCUUUGCUGAGGAUCCUAAUCUAAAUCAGCCGAUUUGGAUGAAACCAUGUAGAAUUGCCUCUACUUACUUUCGCCGAGUAAAGGAUCCAAAUGAUCUGGACGAAAUCAAGAACUUUAUUGCAGCUGAAGUGCUGAAGUUGUUCAACUUGAGGAAGGAACCUAAUCACAAAACAGACUGGCAGAAGAUGAUGAAAUUUGGACGAAAGAAACGGGACAGAGUCGAUCAUAUACUGGUGCAGGAACUUCACGAGGAAGAAGCACAGUGGGUGAAUUACGACGAGGAUGAACUGUGUGUAAAGAUGCAGUUGGCAGAUGGGAUCUUCGAGGCCUUAAUCAGAGACACCGUUGAUGUACUGAACCAGAUAAAUGAGAAGCAGAGGAGAUUACUACUUGUGUGACAACGCUGAAAAUAAAGCUAGAAGCUGAGUAACCUGAAUCACGGGCCUUUCUGACUCCUGACAUUCUCUCCACCUCGCAAGCACUGCAACUGGACUUCCCUGCGUGGGUUUUAAAGGCAGUUGAGAUGUGAUUAAAGGAAUCUGAAUUUACAUCCUCCGCUGCUAGAGACCUUGCACUGGGUUUAUGUUUUGAAACAAGCUGAUGCCUCGCUCGAGGCGGCGCUGUGGAGAGCUCAGACUGUUCUCGUGCCAAUGCGGUGAGCUGCAGAGCCUU